AUGGGCCAGCAUUCCUUUCCUCGCUUCGCUGUUCAACAGUGGUCUGCGACCCCCGCGCUGGAGAAACAAGACCUGUCGGGCCAGACUGUGCUCGUAGUCGGCGCCAACGUCGGCUUGGGACUCGAAGCCGCGAAGCAUCUUGCUAGGAUGGAGCCGGGAAAGCUCGUGCUCGCAUGCCGCAGCAUUAAAAAGGCGGAGGAUGCAGGGAAGGAGAUCGAGAAGGCGACUGGCUUCAGUCGCUUAGGAGCAUACGCCGUCGACCUGUCAGUCUUUUCGUCCGUCAACGCGUUUGUUGAGGAGUUCGAGAGCAAGGAGGAGCGGCUGGACAUCUUGAUCUAUAAUGCUGGGAUUGCUACGGCCCAGUACCGGGCCACUGGUGAUGGCUUCGAGGAGACGAUCCAAGUUAACGACCUCUCGUGCGCGCUGGUCUGUGUGGGCCUCCUUCCGCUUAUGCUCAAGACAUCCGAUGCCACCGCUUCCGCCUCUCAUCGUCCCCGCAUCACCGUUGUUUCAAGUGCGGUGCAUAACAGAACCAAGCCAACGCCGGAAGAACUCUCUAGCCCCAACUAUCUCCUCAAGAUCAACGACGCCGAGCACUGCAAACAGCCCGGAGUUAUGUGGCUACGGUAUCCCCUAUCUAAGCUCCUCAACGUCCUAUUCGUUCGCGAACUGGCCGCGCGCGUAUCGCCUACAAAACUCGUCGUUAAUUGCGUGAAUCCCGGAUACUGUUACUCGGCUUUGCGAAGGAACAUCACCUUUGCACUUAGCCUGCGCAUGUCUGCCAUGGACUUCCUCAUCGGAAAUACGACUGAGCAAGGCGGAAGGAGGAUCGCGUGGGCAGCGGUCGCUUUACGCCACUGCGAGGAGAGAAUGCAUGGCGCAUAUACGUCGUACAUGGAGAUUGCGGAGGAGAGCGACUGGGCAAUGUCCGAAGAGGGUUAUGCAACUCAGAGACGUAUCUGGAAUGAAACAGUGGACGAACUCAUCAAAGUGUCUCCGAAGUUCCAACAAGCCGUCCAAACCAAUCUGCGUAAUUGA